GAUAGUAACGAUUUUCCAUUCGCACCCAACGCAUGAAACGACGACGAUGACAACGAACCGAUCGACCAGACUUCUAGUCUUGCUUGUGCUCACGGCUCUAGUGGCCAACCACCAGGCAAGGGCAGCCGCCGCCGUUCUUAAGUGCGCCGGAAAGUCAGCUGUCUGCGUGGGACCUCUUACCUAUCAGAUCUGCGUGGACGAUUUGACGACGGGUUAUGUGAUUCCCUGCCAGACGAGCACACGUUGCGUCACCGAUGGCAUCGAGAUAUGCGAGCCCAUCAAGAUAGACGCAGAGGCACCCACGGCGGCUGUGGCCAAGAUGGUAACAAUUACCGACAGUCCAGCUGCCGUCAGCGAAUCUGCCCUGCUUGUCGACGGCACCGGAACCGGAAAUUCCAACGACACCACUAAUACAAUCUCCACUGAGGGUCUCGGAUCAUCAACGUCCGCUGGGCCGACCACAACUCCAGCUGAGACAACCACUGCUCCCGCUGAGACAACAAAUAUUUUGGAAACAACCACAGAAACUUCACGGUCUGAGGUGUCUCUAGACCCGGAGUCCACGACUUCAGUUAUUACCGAAAACACUACCAAUACCAAUGCACCUGGACAAAGCGACCCCAACGCAACAGAAGGAUCAAACGCUGCUCCUGGAGAAGAAAGCCCCAACAACCCGGCAGGUUCGACAUCCGCUCCUGGUACUCCCGAAGAUCCAAACGCUCCAGCAGACUCGACUGACGCUCCUGGUACGCCUGCUGAUCUAAAUGUUCCAGCUGGUUCCACUGCCGAUCCUGGUAAUCCUGCUGAUCCAAACGCUCCAGAAGGCUCGACUGACGCUCCUGGAACGCCUUCUGAUCCAAAUGUUCCAGCUGUUUCGACUGCUGCUCCUGGUAUUCCUGAAGAUCCAACCGCUCCAGCUGGUUCCACUGAAGCUCCUGGCACCCCUGCUGAUCCCAACAUUCCAGCUGGUUCCACUGCCGCUCCUGGUAUUCCUGAAGAUGCAAACGCACCAACUGGUUCCACUGCCGCUCCUGGUAAUCCAGCUGAUCCGAAUUCUCCAGCUGGUUCCACAGCCGCUCCUGGCACCACUGCUGUUCACAACACUCCAGCUGGUUCCACUGUAGCACCUGGUAAUCCUGAUGAUCCCAACGCUCCAGCUGGUUCGACUGCCGCACCUGGUAAUCCUGAUGAUCCCAACGCUCCAGCUGGUUCGACUGCCGCACCUGGUAAUCCUGAUGAUCCCAACGCUCCAGCUGGUUCGACUGCCGCACCUGGUAAUCCUGAUGAUCCCAACGCUCCAGCUGGUUCGACUGCCGCACCUGGUAAUCCUGAUGAUCCCAACGCUCCAGCUGGUUCGACUGCCGCACCUGGUAAUCCUGAUGAUCCCAACGCUCCAGCUGGUUCGACUGCCGCUACUGGUAUCCCUGAAAAUGCAAACUCUGGUUCCACAGCCGCUCCUGGCACGCCUGCUGAUCCCAACGCUCCAGCUGGUUCAACUGCCGCUCCUGGUAUUCCUGAAGAUCCAAACGCUCCAGCUGGUUCCACUGCCGCUCCUGGCACCCCUGCUGAUCCCAACAUUCCAGCUGGUUCCACUGCCGCUCCUGGUAUUCCUGAAGAUCCAAACGCACCAGCUGGUUCCACUGCCGCUCCUGGUAAUACAGCUGAUCCGAAUUCUCCAGCUGGUUCCACAGCCGCUCCUGGCACCACUGCUGUUCACAACACUCCAGCUGGUUCGACUGCCGCACCGAGUAAUCCUAAUGAUCCCCACGCUCCAGCUGGUUCGACUGCCGCUUCUGGUAUCCCUGAAAAUUCAUACUCUGGUUCCACAGCCGCUCCUGGCACGCCUGCUGAUCCCAACGCUCCAGCUGGUGCAACUGCCGCUCCUGGUAUUCCUGACGAUCCGAACGCUCCAGCUGUUUCGACUGCUGCUCCUGGUAUUCCUGAAGAUCCAAACGCUCCAGCUGGUUCCACUGCCGCUCCUGGCAUCCCUGCUGAUCCCAACAUUCCAGCUGGUUCCACUGCCGCUUCUGGUAUUCCAGAAGAUCCAAACGCACCAGCUGGUUCCACUGCCGCUCCUGGUAAUCCAGCUGAUCCGAAUUCUCCAGCUGGUUCCACAGCCGCUCCUGGCACCACUGCUGUUCACAACACUCCAGCUGGUUCCACUGCAGCUCCUGGUAAUCCUGAUGAUCCCAACGCUCCAGCUGGUUCGGCUGCCGCUCCUGGUAUUCCUGAAAAUUCAAACUCUGGUCCCACAGCCGCUCCUGGCACGCCUGCUGAUCCCAUCGCUCCAGCUGAUUCCACUUCCGAUCCUGGUACCCCUGCUGAUCCCAACGCUCCAGCUGUUUCGACUGCUGCUCCUGGUAUUCCUGAAAAUCCAAACGCUGAUUCGAAUGUCGCAGCUGGUAAUCCUUCUGACCCGAACUCUCCAGCUGGUUCCACAGUCGCUCCUGGCACCACUGCUGGUCCCAACCCUACAGCUGGUUCCACUGCCGCUCCUGGUAUUCCUGAAGAUCCAAACGCUCCAGCUGAUCCGAACUCUCCAGCUGGUUCCACAACCGCUCCUUGCACCACUUCUGGUCACAAGACUCCAGCUGGUUCCACUUUAGCACCUGCUAAUCCUGAUGAUCCCAACGCUCCAGCUGGUUCGGCUGCCGCUCCUGGUAUUCCUGAAAAUUCAAACUCUGGUUCGACUGCCGCUGCUGGCACCCCUGCUGAUCCCAAAGCUCCAGCUGGUUCGACUGCCGCUCCUGGCACCCCAGCUGAUCCCAACAUCCCAGCUAGUUCCACUGGCGCUCCUGAAACGCCUGCGGAUCUCAACACUCCAGCUGGUUCGACUCUAGCUUCUGGUACUCCUGCUGAUCCAAACUCUCCAGCUGCUUCCACUGCGGCUCCAGGUACUCCGGCUGAUCCCAACGCUCCAGCUGAGUCAUGGCGUCAGCAUCCGCAUCAUUUCUUUCUUCCAGGCCAGACUCGACCAACUCUUCGUCUAGUUCAGCAUUUACCGAUCUGGCCAAGUGGACCAUAUUAUGCAAAAAAUCCUGGUGUUGAUUCAGCUGAAGGACCCCGAAAUGGCUUCAAGCCCAUCCCAUCCCAUCGGCAACUUCAAUUCUGGCCGGACUGGCAGAAGUGGAUGAAUGGCUGGCGCACAACUCGGAAGCCCGUUAGCAUUACUGAGGCGCCCGCUUCCAAUCAGGAGCAAGAGAAACCCCAGCCAGCGAAGCCCAGCAACAAUGGCCCCAAAGGUCUCGAAAGUGUAGAGCACGCUGCCUCUGUACGCCCAUCAGGUGUAGGUGUAUCCAGCGAGAACGCCUCUGUCGAACAGAGCCCCAAGGGUUCUGGCGAGAGAACAAAGGACAAGCCCAAAUCUGUCGAAGAACAGUCCAAGGAGCAGGAACAGAAGAAGGCCAUAUCCACUGAGAAAGACAGCUCCCUCGAAGAAAAGAAGGAAGCGGAAAAGGACAAGUCAAAAGAUUCCAAAGAGGAAAAAGACAGCGAGGUGAAUAAGUCCAAUGAUGACGAAAAGAAUGAAGAGGAAAAGCAGAGCUCAAAGGAAAAGAAAAAGUACUUGAAAAAAAUCAUCAAGAAGUUGAAGAAUGAGGAAGACUGCGACGAGGAUGAAGUCUUUCCUGAUGUUCGUGAUUGCAAGAAGUACUUCCGAUGUGAGGUAACACGGUCGGGGAAGCACAAGAUGGUGCACCUGCGUUGCAACAAAAAGCAGCGGUUCGAUUGGCUCCACCAGACAUGCGUUUUCAAGGAUGAAGCUCGUUGUCUGGGGAAGUAAACGGAUGUGAUUUGCAUCUCCAUCGACGGUAUUUCAAAACUUUAUUAUCCACAUAAUAAUCACAGCAUCACUUAUAUUGGCAAUGAUAUUUUAUCUAUGGCUUGUCCUAUAUUCUUAUUUAUUUUCCUAUUUAAAAAAUAAAUUUUCUUUCCAUUAA